GCGUCCUUCCGUUCGCUAUCUCCUCUUCCUCUUCCUCUCCUCCCCUCUCUCCAGCGUAGCCCCCCCCCCUCCUCUCUCCCUCCCUCUCUCUAGCAUCUCUCCUCUCCCUCCUCCCAGCUCGCGCGGGAGGCACCGGUCAGAGGCCAGGCCGAGCGCGGCGGGGCGUGGGGUGGGUGAGCUCCGCUGGUCCCGAGGGCGUCGGAGGGCCGUCGGCGCUGCCUCCGGCGGCCGGUCGUAGCGACAUGGGCAGGAACGGGAGCGUCAAGCGCGGCGCGGCCGCCGCGCCGCCUCCGUCGUUCACGCUGAACCCGGCCGACUACCGGCUCAUGGAGGAGGUGGGCUACGGCGCGCACGCCGUCGUCUACCGCGCGCUCUUCCUCCCCAGGAACCACACCGUUGCCGUCAAGUGCCUGGAUCUCGACCAGCUCAACAACAACAUCGAUGAAGUACAAAGGGAGGCUCAAAUAAUGAGCUUGAUUGAUCACCCUAAUGUCAUCAGGGCUUACUGCUCGUUUGUCGUGGAGCACAGUCUUUGGGUGAUAAUGCCAUUCAUGACGGAGGGUUCAUGUUUACACUUGAUGAAGAUUGCGUAUCCUGAAGGUUUCGAGGAACCUGUUAUUGCAUCAAUUUUAAAAGAAACGCUCAAGGCUCUGGAGUACCUUCAUAGGCAAGGACAGAUCCAUCGUGAUAUCAAGGCUGGUAAUAUCCUUAUUGAUAGUGCUGGCGUAGUGAAGCUUGGGGACUUUGGUGUUUCUGCUUGUAUGUUUGAUAGAGGUGAUAGGCAAAGAUCUAGGAACACAUUUGUUGGAACUCCAUGCUGGAUGGCUCCAGAAGUGCUCCAGCCUGGCACUGGAUAUAACUUCAAAGCCGAUAUAUGGUCGUUUGGAAUCACUGCACUUGAACUAGCGCAUGGACAUGCUCCAUUUUCGAAGUACCCUCCUAUGAAGGUUCUUCUCAUGACUCUCCAGAAUGCGCCACCUGGUCUUGACUAUGACCGAGACAGAAGAUUUUCGAAGGCAUUUAAAGAGAUGGUUGCGAUGUGCUUGGUAAAAGACCAAACAAAGAGGCCGACGGCUGAGAAGUUGCUCAAGCAUUCAUUUUUCAAAACUGCAAAACCUCCAGAAUCGACAAUGAAGGGUAUCUUAACUGAUCUACCUCCUCUAUGGGAGCGUGUAAAGGCACUCCAGCUUAAAGACGCAGCACAAUUGGCUUUGAAGAAGAUGCCUUCUUCUGAGCAGGAGGCACUUUCCCUGAGUGAAUACCAGCGAGGUGUUAGUGCGUGGCACUUUGAUAUUGAAGACCUCAAGGCUCAAGCAUCACUAAUUUAUGAAGAUGAACCAUCUGAAAUGAAAGAAGAUGAUGUUGCUGCAAGAAUCACUGAAUCUGAAAAGAGUUUAUAUUCGAGGAACCCUUCAGGACAGUCGCCAUCUGCAAAUGAAAACGCCUGCAGUGAAGAAACCUGUACGACGAAUCCUGAUUGUAGAAGGAUGCCCAAUGGACAUGCAAAUUCUAGAUCAGAGAAUGAUUCAUUGCCCUCUACAUCAAAGGAACCAGAGUCAAAAUAUUGGAGAACUAAUAUUGGACAGAAACAACAGACUUCUGGGGCUCCAGUUGAAGGUGGUGUUAAUAGCUCAACAACUGAAAGGAGCCAUAAUUUUGAAAGGGAUGCAACUGGUGACAAACAUGGAAGUGAUACGAGAAGAGCCGCAAAUCUUAGUGGUCCGUUAUCAUUGCCAACUCGUGCCUCUGCGAACAGUUACUCAGCUCCUAUACGAUCUUCAGGAGGAUAUGUAGAUUCAUUGGGAGAUAAAUCUAAACGUAGCGUCGUGCAUAUUAAAGGCCGCUUUUCUGUGACAUCUGAGAACGUUGAUCUUGCAAAGGUUCAGGAAAUUCCAUUGAGUAGCAUCUCACGCAAAUCACCACAUGGUAUACAGCUAAGAAAAUCUGCAAGUGUUGGUGAUUGGAUUGUCAAUGCCAAACCAACGUCUAACAGUCAUCAUCUGAAGGAACUCUGCAAUAGCUCGGUAUCAUCGUCUAUUCUCAUUCCCCACCUUGAGAACCUCGUGCAACAGACUACGCUUCAGCAAGAUCUGAUCGUGAACCUACUAAGUAGCAUGCAACAGAAUGAGAAAGCUGACGGUGCACAGUCUGGAACGUCGUCGCAAGUCCGAAAUAUGCAAAGUGGGACAGUGGUUGAAACAUCUAAUACUGAGAAAGAACGGUCAUUACUUGUUAAAAUUUCAGAGCUGCAGUCUAGAAUGAUUACUUUGACUGAUGAACUGAUUUCAGCUAAGCAAAAACAUGUUCAGUUGCAGCAAGAGCUUAAUGCGUUAUACUGCCGAGAAGAAAUAGAAGACAUUAGGGACGAGGACAACGAGGAAACAUAGCAAGGUGAAAUGUUCAGCUGAUAUGGGUACCCGCACUUAGCUUUUGCAGCAUCAAGAGUUUCAUAAGAGAAGCAGUACUUGCAUAAGCUAUAUAUAUAUAUAUCAACCGAAUAAGCGCCGUCAGAAGAAGAAAAUGGUCGUUGAAGGUGGACGUGCUCUUUGGCCUGUUGCCAUCAGUGUGUAUAUUAGUUUUUAUUUAGCUUCUUUUUCGGUUUAAUUUAUUCAAUAGGUUUUUGGUGGGUCAUAAAUUGCGGUCCUGUGUAUUCCCUGCUAUGGCCACACCUAUCAUUCAAACAUUUGUGAUUAUCCCGUAGAUUGUGUAGGUGCCCGUUGGUUCGAACAGCAUGCAGAAGAAUGCAAAAUAAAUAAAUUGUACUUUAUCCA